AAAUUGGCCAACCCAACCCAACCCAACAGGUCCCAACUGUGCUAUAAAAUAACUUGCGCCUGCCCGUCCCUUGCUGUGGCGCCAUAAAGAGCUCAUAUCAUCCUCUGUCUGCAUCUCUCCCAAGCAGUUGCCCCUCCCGACAACAUCAUCAUCGCCUGCAAUUCACAGCACCAUAACAACAACACAACUCUCAAUACCGCCACCAUGAACCCGCACCAGCAGAACAAGGUGGAUGUUAGCAAACUGUCAGAGCAGGAGGCCAAGCUCUUCCGCCUCUACGGCAAGCUGCCCAACAAGAAGGACCUCCUCCAGAACAAGCUCAAGGAGCGCAAGUACUUUGACAGCGGCGACUAUGCCCUCUCCAAGGCCGGAAAAGCUGGUGACGUCGGCGUCACACAAGUCGGUCGCGAACACCCCAAUCCCGAGAAGAUCCCGCACAUCGCCCCCUCCACACCCAUUGGACAAAAUGGAUCCGCCAACAGCAAUGGCAACAGUGCUGCUGCCUCGCAGGGCGAUUUAGCUAGCAGCCCCAUCAAGGAACACACAUUUUUGCACCGCGAGACGAGCCUGAACCGGGAAACCUCGGCUUCGGAGUUUGAGACCGAUAUUUCCCAGGACGCUCAGGGUGGCCCUGUCAAAGCAUAAUUGGGCCUUCGCAACGUCAGAACCGUGCGCGCUCCCAUUCGUUUG